GCUAGCCUCUUGUUACGCCAAGUUUCAUAUUACAACCCUAAUUCCCAAAUUCUCUUCCGAUAAAUUGUUCACAAAUCCCUAGAAAAUCCAGAGGGAAUCUUCAAAUCUUACGGUGAUCAAACCUGCUUCAGGCCUGUACAGUGUACUAGGAAUAAAGUAAACUAUCAUGAGAUUCAGAAGAGGAAGUAGAGUUGAGGUGUUUAGCAUCAAAGAAGCCUCUUAUGGUGUGUGGCGAUCAGCGGAGAUUAUAUCUGGUAAUGGUCACACUUACAAUGUUAGAUAUUACUCUUUUGAAAUUGCUAACAAUGAGGUUGUUGAGGAUAGAGUUCCAAGGAAGAUAAUUAGGCCGUGUCCUCCGCAAGUAGAUGUUGAUAGAUGGGAAGCUGGUGAAUUGGUUGAGGUUCUUGAUAAUAAUAUUUCAUGGAAAACUGCUACUGUCUUGGAGGUGUUAUCUGGAAGAUAUUAUGUUGUUCGGUUACUUGGUGCUAAAGCAGAACUCACGGUUCACAAAGUUUACCUCAGGGCUAGACAAUCUUGGCAAGAUGAAAGAUGGGUUAUGAUUGGAAAGGAGACUAGUGUUGCUUCUUUAAGAGUGUUGAAGAGACCUUCACCAUGUGAUUGGGCGGAGUCUGCUGAAUCAUGCACUAGAAGUCCUAAGAAGAUACGAUCAUUGGAGGAAGAAGGACACCAGCACCGGUUUGCUUCUUCUUCAGCACAGAAGGUAUAUAAUGAUAGUUCUGAACGUAGGGGUGUUGAAUUGUACGUGAAAGCUUCGUGUAACGAGAAUAAAAGUGGUUUCCGUCAAAUGGUCAGGAUGGUGCCGACUCUUGUAGUAGUGAUGCUGAAUCUUCAAAAGAAGCAUCUGGAUGCAGAGAUGAAGCUAGGCGAAAACAUUCAUUAUCAGCCGAAGGAUAAUCAUUUACAGUCUGCAGGUUGGAUAAGUUUGCCGACGAUUGCAAAUGUGACCAGUAGAUUGUGGAACUGUCCAUGCUUGUUUGUUGGUGGUAUAUGUACAGUUGGCCUGGUCAUCAAAAUCUACAGAAAAGUACUCAAUUUUUAUGAAAUCAAGGCUAUGACAUUUCAAGCUGAAUUACCGAGCUUAAAGAAAUUGAAAAGACUCAGAGAGGAAGAAGAAGCCUUGCGAAUUGCGAUGUUCUUAUGCCAUCACUAUCGGUUUUAUAUUCGCUUAUACUCUACACUAAGAAAAAUAAUCGAAUUGAAUAUUUCUGAUUCUUUAGAACUCAUGUUAAUUCAAAAUUUUAUGGUUGUUACAAAACUUAUGAACAACAUUAUGAUCUGCAUUAACUUAUAA